GUCUCCCUGAGUCCUACCGUUGUGCGCGCGCAGAUUACCGAGAUACAAAAUCCAAAUCAAAUGCGUUUCCUUCAAUGUCGAUUUUAAUCCUCAAUCGCAUACGUCUGCAUCGGCAAAAUCCCAAACCCAUCUUCCUCUCCUCCUACUCCUCCGCCCUCUCCCCUCCACCGUCCGACCUUCCCAACGACCCACUAAUCUCUGACGUUGUUUCACUUCUUUCCCACCACCGCUCCAAGUCCCGAUGGACCCAUCUCCUGUCUCUCCUCCCUUCUUCAGGCAUUACGCCCACCCACUUUUCUCAAAUUGCACUCCAUUUAAAAUCCAAUCCCCACCUUGCCCUCCGAUUCUUCUUCUUCACUAAAAGUAAAUGUAUAUGCAACCACAAUCUGAUAUCGCUCUCCACCAUCAUUCACAUCCUAUCACGUGCCCGCCUCAAGACUCAUGCUCAGUCCGUCAUCCGGGAUGCCAUCAUCCACGCUGCCCAAUUGGAGUCCGACUCGUCAAAGUCUGCACCUUUGAAGGUAUUUGAAACCCUCGUGAAAACUUACAGAGAGUGCGGGUCUGCUCCGUUUUUGUUUGAUUUAUUGAUAAAAUCGUGUUUGGAUCUCAAAAAGAUUGAUGGGUCUAUUAUGAUUAUGAGGAUGUUGAAGUCUAAAGGGAUUAGCCCACAAGUAGGUACUUGUAAUUCCCUGAUUUUGGGGAUUUCGAGGUGUAAGGGGGCUUGUGCUGGUUAUGGUGUCUAUUGUGAGGUUUUUGGUGUUGGAGAUGACAGAUUUGAUGGCGAGGUUCGAAGGGUUACUAGAGUUAGGCCAAAUGUGCAAACUUUCAAUACAUUAAUGGAGUGUUUCUUUGCAGAAAGUGAAUUUGACAUGGUUGAGGAGAUAUGGGCCGAAAUGGAGAAAUCCGAAUGUGUGGCUAAUAGUUAUAGUUAUAGUAUAUUGAUGUCAGUUUUUUGUGAGAAAAAGAAGAUGAGAGAGGCAGAGAAUUUGUGGAAAGAAAUGAGACUUAAAAUUGUGAAACCUGAUGCUGUGGCUUAUAAUACUAUAAUUGGCGGGUUUUGCAAGGUUGGAGAGAUUGAGAGAGCUGAGGAAUUUCUGAGAGAGAUGGGAUUGGAAGGGCUACAUAGUAGUUCUGUCACUUAUGACCAUCUUGUUAAUGGGUAUUGUGGAGUUGGAAACGUCGAUUCAGCGAUGCUUGUGUACAAAGAUAUGUGUAGGAAGGGUUUCAGGGCUGAUCGUUGUACUAUGGAUGCCUUGAUUGGAGGGUUAUGUGACAAUGGAAAAGUUGUUGAAGCCUUGGAGGUUAUGAGGGUUGCCACUAGAGAUGCUGGAUUUUCCGCUACAGGAAAGAGUUAUGAGUUGUUGAUAAAGGCAUUAUGCAGAAUGGGAAAUAUGGAGGAAGCACUGAAGCUUCAGGCGGAGAUGGUUGGCAAAGGGUUUGGACCAAAUUCGAGGAUUUAUGGUGGUUUUAUCGAAGCGUAUAGGAAGCUGGGAAACGUGGAAAUGGAAGCAAUGCUGAGGAAGGAAAGUUUUGCAGCUCAAGAUCAACAAGAAUAUGGUUAGAUACUUGAUGUUUCAGGAUCUGGACCUAACCCUUUGAGCUGUCAUAGUCCCUUUUGAACAAUUAAACAGAUACGGGGCAUUAGAUUUCAGAAAUUAAGGUGAAUUGCAUGGACAACAAGACAUAUAGUUCCUGACUUCCUGUAGGUGGUGUGUCGAAGGUGCUCAGAUGUAGCAACCUGCUCUGAUCAGGGGCUGCCUCAAUCGACGGUUUCUGCUGCUUGGCGAAGAGGAGGAACUAUAUGUCUUGUUAUCCUGAAUAAGGAUGAUAGUAAAAAAUAGUCUAUAGAAUGAAAGAGUAUUUCCUUCCCAACUGUUCGUUAAUUUUGAGGAAAAUCAUCAGAUCAAGGAAAGGCCGCAAUCUUGGUAUAUCACAAAGAGGGGAGUAACCAAAGAUUGAAAAGAGUUGAAGCCAAAGAUAGAAACCAAGACAAGAAAGCCAUAGCAGCUGAAAUCUGAUAUCUGCUGCACAACUUUUGGGAGCAGUAAGGUCCAUCGGCGUGAAGUAGGAGAUCCACAACACUAGCAGUCGAGCAUGCUGCAGCGAGUGUAAGAAUGGAUAAUAUCUGUGAAGAAAUAGAAUGAUGUUUUCAGUCAGAAGAAGUUGAUAACGAGUGGUACAAUUGAAUUGCAGAAUUGCUCAAUACUCACCCAAUCUCCUGCCACAAUUACAAGUAGUAUUCCGGGUUGACGAAUAGAGCAUUUAACUAGGAUGGAGUAUCCAUCCACUAAUGCUAGAGUGAAACUCCAUGGGAUAACCAAACCCAUCACUGUUGCCAGGUAGCUGAAACAUUGAAGUGCACAUAGAAGUCAAAGAUGCAUAAAGAACUUAUCAAAAACCAGGUGCAGUGGAAGCAACGAUGAUGCAAUCAACAUUGACACUGAGGCAGAGUUAUUGGAGUCUCAAGCUUUUGGUUCACAAAUUUGGUCAUCAACAGAAGUAUCAGACAGAGUAUGUGGAACAGCUAUAUACAUGUGAAAUGGACUGCAGAAAGGAUACAUGGCCAAAAUAUAUCAUUCAGCUGAGGUGAUACAUAAAUUUGUCGAGUCUUGCCACAGACAUGGUCUUUAUAUAUAAAAGGGGUAUGUGGCCAAUAGCGGCAAGUUACUGUGGUGGAGAAAAUUUGACAGUUGAGCAAGAACAAUUAUCUGUGUAAUCAAAACUUCUUGUCAACAUAAGCAUUACUUAAUGUCUCAACUAGUUUGCCACAGGAGCAGUGAUAGCAAGUAGCAACCGCAUGUGAGGUCCAUGGGACUGCCUAUUUAGACAAUGAAAGAUUACCAACCAACCUUGUUAACAGAUCCUGUAAGAAAGCUUUGUGUUAUGUAUAGUCAAUUAUGGUUCCUGCUAUGUCUCUGGUUCAUAUAA